UCUUUCCUCAGAAUCUCAGAUGGGUUUGAAAUAAGCUCAGCGAAAUGCUAGUUGACAAGAGUGGUGAACGGCGUUGUCCCGUUGAAAUCAUCGAAAAAUUGCGACGACUCGCAUGCGUCUAUGCUGAGAAGAAUCUUUUCAAAUCUUCAAUAUUUUGGGCGGAUAAGGUUGUCACGCUCAAUGUAGGUAACGUGGAUGACUUGUUCUUGUUCGCCCGCGCCUUGUAUCAGGAUACCCAGUUUGCUCGCGCUGCUGAGGUCAUUUUGCGGAAGAAUUUGCAUCAGGAGAAUGACGCGUGCCGAUGCCUAGCUGCAGAUGCGCUUCGCCGUUGUAAGUCCUUUUCAAGAGCCGAAGCUGUGCUAUUAUCAAACGGGGACGAUGAAGUGGCGGACCAGCUCAUAAGCCACGAUCGAGCGAGUCGCCUGACGGGCUCGAGAACGAAGUCAAAUAGCGUACAAUAUAAUUCUCCCUUCACGAGCUUCCCGCCAGUGGUGUCCCGAUUCUCUUUGCCCAAUUCCGGGAUACCCGGUUGGUCUCCAAACUUCGGGAAACGUUUGUUGUCUUCCACGCCAAAAGACGCUGCGACUCCUCAUACGAAGGCUAAUACAGCGCUGAAUAUUUCGUCGAGCAAACGAGGAAUGAAACCGGCGUCUACGUUUACCUGUGCGGAAGAAGCCUGGGGCAAUACUCAGGCAAUGGAUGCUUUGUUGAGGGCCGAGAUUGCCGAAGGGGCUGGAAAUCUUACUGGCGCAGCGGAAUACUACAAAGAAGCUUUGUGUUUGGAUCCAUUUUGCCAGGAAGCUUUCCAGGCUUUAAUUCGGAAUCAUAUGUUGAAUCCGACUGAAGAAUUGCAGUUGUUGGACUCCAUCAACUGGAGUAAUUUCAUGACUGACCUGGAAGCGAACUUCGUGAAAAGUCUGUAUUCACUCGCAACGAAACGUGUUGAUAUGCGGAAAGAUGUGAUUCCGAUCCCAGAGGUAUUUUUGCCGCUUAUGGAUCGUAACAACGACGUGAUGAUUUGGAGGGCCAAGCAUCUUUUCGCCGACUGUGACUAUCGCUAUGCGUUCAAGCUGAUCAAAGCAGUAUUGAACAGUGAUCCCCAUCAUCCGGAUGCAAUACCAGUUUACCUGGCAUCUCUCGUGGAGUUGAAGGAAGCCAAUGAAUUGUACCGUGUGGCUCAUGAGUUGGUCGAUAUGAAGCCGGAAGACAGUCUGAGCUGGUUUGCCGUCGGUUGUUAUUACUACGUGACGGAGAAACUGGAUCUCGCGAGGCGGUAUUUGCUCAAAGCUACCACUAUCGAUAAGAAUAAUGGAGCUGCUUGGCUCAUGUUCGGUCAUGCAUUUGCGGUGGACUCUGAACAUGACCAGUCAAUGUCUGCCUACUACAAGGCGCACCACAUCAUGAAAGGAUGUCAUCUUCCGCUGCUUUACGUUGGUCUGGGAUACGAAAAUUCCAAAAGUUACGCUUUAGCCAACGAAUUCUUCGUUGAUGCUCUGGCCAUUGCACCCAACGAUCCUUUCGUGCUCCACGAGCUGGGCGUUGUUUGCUACAGAGAGCAAAAGUACGUGCAAGCGGAGAAAUACAUGCGGAAGGCUUUGGCACAAGUCGACCGCUCUAACCGAGCGACCCCGUUUCCGGAAAAGUGGGAACCCCUUCUGAAUAACUUGGGUCACGUGUGUCGUAAGCUGGAGAAGUUCGAAGAAGCUGCGCAGUUUCAUUGUCGAGCUUUGUCUGUGAAGCCGAAAAAUGCCUCCACGUACGCUGCACUGGGUUACUUGAUGGCAUGGAAAGGGCAACUUUGGAAUGCUGCGUCGAUGCUGCAUCAGGCUCUGGCGUUGCGAAGAGGCGAUAUUCUAUCUGCAGAAUUGCUCAACUAUGUAAUCGAAAAGUUGGCGCAAGCGGAAGAAGAAACUUUGGGUCGGGGUGAUGGUGCUGUCGUGACUGAAGAAUCUAGCAGCGUCAUGCGAUCACAAGACAAAGAAGCCGUGGCCUUCAAAAUCAGAGCCGAGCAAGACGAAUUCAGAAAGUACGCCCUGUCAAAAAGUCAGAACCAGAGCGGCUUCCUGGAACCCAUGAUAUUAAGCCAGGGUCAGGCGAGAUGCUCAUCGAAAUUGUCGGAUGAUGAGAAGAAAGGAACCUUCGGUGCCACGUCUGAUGCAUUGAUGGCACUUGAUUCGUUCUCCGAUAUGGAAACAUCAGUGGAUAUGUCCUGAUUCUGGCGAUUCUGGAUGAAAUUGGCUCCGUCAACUUUUUUCAUUCGAUUUCUUAUUCCUUCUGUUCGACGAAUAAUAAAAAUGAAAUCGAACGGAGUUUCGCAU